AUGAGUCGAAAGAGAAGUAAGCUUCCAAUCGAUAGGCUCAGCAGCUUGCCAGAUGGAGUCAUAUGCCACGUUCUCUCCUUCCUCCCGACACAGCUCUCUGUGUCAACAUGCGUUCUUGCUAAAAGAUGGAGGUUCUUGUGGGCCCACGUCCCCGUUUGGUAUUUCCAUGGAGACAUGUAUUCUUCAGACGUGAUCCACAGGGUUAUGCUGCGGCACAAGGCAAAAACAAUACAUACUCUUCGGAUCACGAGUAUAGAAGAUGAGAUAAAUGAGUAUAAACUGGAGACAUGGGUCACCACUGCCAUGGAGCGUAACAUUCGGAAUCUUCGUAUUUGUUUUGGCUAUGGAAGUAUUGCUUUAUUGCAUCAAGCCCUCUUCACCUGCAAGACCAUGGUCGACAUGAGGCUCGACAACGCCGAAGUCUUCUCUUCAACUGGGGACAUAUGUUUGCCUAGCCUCAAGAAACUUCAUCUUUCUGAAGUUGAGUUUGAGGAUGAUGAAGCUCUUCCGCACUUGCUUUCUGGUUGUCCUUUGCUCCAGGAGUUGAUCCUCGAUUAUGCGGUCAGAGAAGGAAACAUCCUGGGAUGUAUUAAUAUAUCAUCAUUGACUAUAAAAAGGCUUGAGUUGAGUUUUCAAAUUUGUUCUAUGUUUGUCCCGAAGGACAUGAACUAUAAGAUUUUAAUAGAUGCACCGGCAGUUAGAUGUCUCCGUGUUGGUAAAUGUUAUUUGGGGUGCACCACAAUUCCAUUGAGGUGGACAUACAAUGUUAUGUGUGGGGGGGGCGACAAAAAUGACCAUUCAAAUUUGGUCGAGUUUUCUAAUCAUUUGCGUCAAAUCCGGUGCUUAAAGAUAUCAUGCCAUCAUUACCUGAAGUCCGAUCGAAUUUUCAUGGAGAGAACAAGUAAAAUGAUUGGAAAGAGUCGUAAUCUUUCAAUCGAUAGGCUGAGCAGGUUGCCAGACGAAGUCAUAUGCCACAUUCUCUCCUUCCUCCCCACAAAGCUCUCUCUGUCAACAUGUGUUCUCGCGAAAAGAUGGAGGUUUUUGUGGGCCCACGUACCCGUUUGGGAUUUCAAAGGAAAUUUUGAUGGAGUAGAAUUUGUCGAAGAUGAAACACCAAAUCCAGACGUGAUUCACAGGGUUAUUCUGUGGCACAAGGCCAAAACAGUGCGUACUCUUCGGCUCCGCCAUAUAGACUGCAACAAGUAUCAACUAGAGACAUGGAUCUCCACUGCUAUUGGGCGUAAAAUACAGAAUCUCUAUCUCGACUUUGUCUACACAAAAAUUGUUAAGUUGCAUAGACCCCUCUUCAACUGCAAAACCGUGGUUGACAUGAAGCUCGGUAACUGCAGAGGCUUCUCUUCAACUGGGGACAUAUGUUUGCCUAGCCUUAAGAAACUUCAUCUUCAUUAUGUUGAGUAUGAGGAUGAUGAUGCCCUUCCGCACUUGCUUUCCAGCUGUCCUUUGCUUCAGGAGUUGAUCCUCGAUUGCCCCGAUGAAGAAACUGAUACGAACUUCUUGAAUGUGUCAUCAUCCACAAUAAAAAUGCUUGAGGUGAAUUUUGGAGUUGACGUUUCCUUCUAUGCAAACACGCCAGCACUUAGAUGUCUCCGUAUGGUUGAUUGUGAUUGGAAUUUCUCCGCAAUUCCAAUAGAAAUGUUCUCCUUAGUUGAGGUGUACAUCCGUUUUGAUCAUUGUGAAGACUUCCACAUUGACAACAAUGACAGCUCCAAUGUUUUAGAGGGUUUUAAUCGUCUGCGCAACAUCAGGUGCCUAAAGAUAUCAAGCUGUAGAUACCUGAAGUCGGGCUCAGCCCAUCGAUCACGGGUGACAGUGGCCCGCCUUGGAACAGGUCGGUGUUCGUCCGUGCAGGGGUUCGUAACAAAAAAUCCAGCUUGUGUAAAGUCCGAUCGAAUUUUGAUGGAGAGAACAAGUAAACUGAGUGGAAAGAGUCGUAAGAUUUCAAUUGAUAGGCUUAGUGGGUUGCCAGACGAAGUCAUAUGCCACAUUCUCUCCUUUCUCUCCACAAAGCUCUCUGUGUCAACAACUCAACAUGUGUUCUCGCGAAAAGAUGGAGCCCACGUCCCCGUUUGGGAUUUCAAAGGAAAAUUUGAUGGAGUAGAAUUUGUGGAAGAUGAAACACCAAAUCCAGACGUGAUUUACAGGGUUAUUCUGUGGCACAAGGCGAAAACAAUGCGUACACUUCGGCUCCGCCAUAUAAACUGCAAUGAGUAUCAACUGGAGACAUGGAUCUCCACUGCCAUUGAGCACGUCCCCGUUUGGGAUUUCGAAGGAGAUCCUUUCAGAAGCAAAACACCUAAUUCAGACUUCUUCUACAGGGUUACUCUAUUGCACAAACCGAGAAGAUUGCAUACUCUUCGGCUCAAAAAUCUACAGGUCAAUGAGUAUCAACUGGAGACAUGGAUCUCCACUGCCAUUGAGCAUAAAAUACGGAAUUUUAAUCUCGAUUUUGUUUAUCCAAGUAUUGCUUUGUUGCAUCAGACCCUCUUCAACUACGAAGCCGUGGUUGGCAUGAGGCUCGCGAACUGCAAGGGCUUCUCUUCAACUGGGGACAUAUGUUUGCCUAGCCUCAAGAAACUUCAUCUUUCUAAAGUUGGGUAUGAGGAUGAUAAAGCACUUCCGCACUUGCUUUCCGGCUGUCCUGUGCUCCAGGAGUUGAUUCUCGAUUGCUUGGAUACUGAAAAUGAUAUGAGAUUCUUUAAUAUAUCAUCAUCUACCAUAAAAGUGCUUGAGGUGAAUCGCCUAAUAAUUUUUAUGGAGCAUCCCUUUUGGAUUUUAGCAAAUGCACCAGCACUUAGAUGUCUCCGUUUGGUCGAUUGUGAUAUAGAUCGCAUCACAAUUCCAAUGGAUAUGGCCUCCUUAGUUGAGGUGGCCAUACGUUUUAAAUAUCCUCGUGUCUUUAAUAUUUACGACAUUGACAGCUCCAUUGUGGUACAGUGUUUUAAUCGUUUGCGCAACAUCAGUUGCCUAAGGAUAUCAAGCCGUAAAUACCUCACGAGAACAAGUAAAAGGAGUGGAAAGAGUCGUAAGCUUUCAAUCGAUAGACUCAGCAGGUUGCCAGACGACGUCAUAUGCCAUAUUCUUUCCUUCCUCCCGACAAAGCUCUCCGUGUCAACCUGCGUACUCGCUAAAAGAUGGAGUUUUUUGUGGGCCCACGUCCCCGUUUGGGAUUUCGAAGCAGAAUUUUUCGGAGACGAAACACAAAAUCCAGACGUGAUCUACAGGGUUAUUCUGUGGCACAAGGCAAAAACAAUGCAUACUCUUGGGCUCUGCCGUAUAGACUGCAAUGAGUAUCAACUGCAGACAUGGAUCUCCACUGCCAUUAGGCGUAAAAUACGGAAUAUUUAUCUCGACUUUGUCUAUACAGAAACUGUUAAGUUGCAUAGACCCCUCUUCAACUGCAAAACCGUGGUUGAUAUGAGGCUCGGUAACUGCAAAGGCUUCUCUUCAACUGGGGACAUAUGUUUGCCUAGCCUAAAAAAACUUCAUCUUUCUAGAGUUGAGUAUGAGGAUGAUAAAGCCCUUCCGCACUUUCUUUCCGGCUGUCCUUUGCUCCAGGAGUUGAUCCUCGAUUGCGAGGAUGUUGAAAAUUGUUUGAGAUUCUUUAAUAUAUCAUCAUCCACCAUAAAAAUGCUUGAGGUGAAUAUCGUAACUGAUUGCCAGCGUGUCCCCGACAUUAGGUUCUUUACAAAUGCGCCAGCACUUAGAUGUCUCCGUAUGGUUGUUUGUGAUUUGGAUUGCAUCACAUUUUCAAAAGCUGUGGCCUCCUUAGUUGAGGUGGACAUAUGCUUUACAGAUUGUUAUGAUUGGAGAUGGAGUGUUGACUACAGUGACAACUUAAGUGUGGUAGAGUUUUUUAAUCUUUUGCGUAAAAUCAGGAUUUUAAGGAUAUCAAGCCGUAAAGACCUGAAGAUGGCAUUGUGGCUGAAUUCGGAACAAUUGAUUUCACCGGUGAGACCCAACAUUCGGACAUCAUCUGCGACUGUUAAUAUAUCUUUGCCCGCGUUGAAAACACUCGAGAUCAAUCUUCGGCAUUAUUUGCCGAGAUAUCCCUGUCUACAGGAUUUUAUAAAUGCAGGUGAUUUCUACUCGAAUGUCGAUUUCUUAGCUGAGGCAUGGAUCUUCUUUGAAGUUGCUUUCUACUCGAAUGUUUGCAGCAGUAGCAAUUCCGAAGCUGUAAAAUAUCUUAAUUGUCUCUGUAAAGUCGAGUGCCUGAAUGUAUCAAGUUUCAAACACGAGGAGAUGCCGAUUUUUCUUCUCAAGAGCGGUGAGGGUUUGAGAGGAUUGGAAUAUCCAAGACAU